AUGAAGUUCUUAAAAGUAGAAUUUAUCUGACAGAAGUAACUGAUUGUCUGUCACUGGGUCAUAGUGCAGCCUGUUGACAUGGCGAUUAGUCUUUGCCUGGCGUGUUUUUCAUUGUUUUUUGCCAUUUCCAUCCAUUUUGGAAAUGCAAAGGAAGAGGAACCUUUUCAGUGCCACGAACUGUACCAGUAUAAUGCAACAGUCAAUAAUCUAGCCGGAGAUUUUUAUAGUCCAUUUUACGAAGAAGGGGAGUAUCCCAAUGGUCUCUGGUGUGAGUACAGAAUCAAUGCGCCGCCUGGCUACCGGCUGAAACUCACUUUUAAGGACUUGGACAUUGAUCCAUCCGAUUUCUGCGGGCAAGAUUCCUUGGUAAUAUAUUCCGGUGAAAAAGAAGAAGUAAUUUCAACGGUGUGUGGGAAAGACAAACCUCUACCAAUCAUCACCGAUCCGGGAGUCAAUAUGAUGCACUUUCUCUUCCGGACAGACUACAUGGCAGGUGGAAGGGGCUUUCACCUCCACUAUGAAGCAGGCACUCAUUUUGCUUACUGUGAAGGAGGACUGCAGGAAUGUGGCAACAAGAAAUGCUUUGAUCCAGCUGUACAUAAAUGCAAUGGAGUCGAUGAUUGCGGAGAUGGAACAGAUGAAGAAGAUUGCAAUCUUCCUCUUGCCACUUCUGAAUGCGGAAAUCCUCCAAUUACGCCGGAUACUGUUUUUGGUGGUCGCUCUCCCGAUCGUAUUAUCGGGGGUCAAGAAGUGAUACCCGGUAGCUGGCCGUGGCAGGUAUCUCUACAAAACCGCUAUUCUACAUUCAGCCAUUCCUGUGGAGGAUCCCUUAUAAAUGCGCAGUGGGUUGUCACGGCUGCGCAUUGUUUCAAAGGCAAUCCAUAUGCCUCUAAUUGGAGAAUUCACUUAGGGAAACACCACAAAUAUAAAACAGAUCCACAUGAGCAGAUAAGAUAUGGCAAAAGACUCAUAAUAUAUCCUGAUCUCACAGGUGACAAUAUCCGGGGAGUAACCGAUUUUAGGCACGAUAUUGCUCUUAUCAAACUAAAUGCUCCUGUCCAGUUUAGCGAUGUUGUCAGACCAGGUUGCUUGCCUUCGUUGGGUUGGACACUACCUACAGGCACCUUGUGCUAUGCUACUGGUUGGGGAGAGACAAGAGGCACUGGAUUCAACCACGCUCUAAAACAAACAGAUGUGUCCAUGAUGCCCAAAUCGAACUGUAGUUAUGAAGAAGAUGUUCAAAUAUGCGUCAAGAACCGAGUGGGAUUUCAAUCAACAUGUCACGGAGACAGUGGAGGUCCGUUGUCUUGUAAACUUGGAGGUAAAUGGUAUGUGAUGGGUGCUACCAGCUUUGGAACAUUGAGCAAUUUCAUGCAUGGAUUGUGCGCGAUGCCGGAACAAAGAACUGUAUUCAUGAAAAUGUCCAACAAUGUGGAUUGGAUCGAGAAAAUGAUACUUAUGUAUAGCUGAAAACAAAUAAAAAAUAAAUCAU